UCAUCGUGUAUGAGUCGACCUUUGAUUCUUUGAAUGUAAUCUGUAAUCAAUCCGGGCAAAAUCGAUUGCCAUAUUACGGCAAAUGGCUUUGAAAGGUUUGAAAGUUUUAGAGUUCACGGGGUUGGCCCCAGGACCGUUUUGCGGAAUGCUACUAGCGGAUUUUGGUGCCACGGUGACUAGGAUUGAUAAGAUGCCUUCCAAUAUGUUGGAUGUGCUUCAGGAUGGUAAACGAACAAUUGCAUUGAACCUAAAGAAACCAAAAGCCGUAGAAAUAGUUCGGUCGCUGUGUAGAACAAGCGACGUAUUGAUUGAACCAUUUCGACCCGGGGUGAUGGAAAAGUUAGGCUUAGGCCCGAACGAGAUCAUGCUAGAGAAUCCAAAAUUAAUAUAUGCUCGAUUAACUGGGUUCGGACAGAACGGUCCGCUGGCAGCUCGGGCAGGGCACGACAUUAACUAUGCCGCAGUUUCUGGCGUUCUCUCCCUGUUUGGAAGAAAAUCAGAGCGUCCGACUGCGCCUAUUAAUCUGGUUGCCGAUUUCGCUGGCGGUGGUUUACUUUGUGCCUUCGGAAUUCUAGCGGCGCUUCUUGAGCGGGAACAUUCUGGGAAAGGACAAGUAGUGGAUCAUUCAAUGGUAGAGGGAGCGGCAUACGUUGGCAGUUGGUUUUUCAGGUCACAAAAGCUACCCAUUUGGGGAAAGCCUAGAGGUGAAAAUUUGUUAGACACUGGCGCACAUUUCUACGAUACAUAUAAAACAAAGGAUGGCAAAUAUAUGUCUGUUGGUGCUAUUGAACCUCAAUUUUAUGAGGAACUCCUAGAUGGUUUGGGUUUGCCGAGAGAUUCACCACAGUAUGAGGAUGUUGGAAAGACUAAGAUUUUAUUUGAAAAAAUUUUUCUGACAAAAACUAGAGACGAAUGGACUCACAUUUUUCAGCACCGCGAUGCUUGUGUGUUCCCAGUACUAGAAUUGGAUGAAGCUAUGAAGCAUCCACAAAAUUGUGUUCGCAAUACUUUUGUGGAUAAACGAGAAAGCAAAAGCUCGGAGAUAGUACCAUCGCCUGCGCCCAAAUUAAGCAGAACACCUGCUCUUUCCGGCGCACUGACAGACAAUAUUAAUAUUGUACAAACAGUCGUAGAUAUUUUCAACGAGAUUGGGUUCGAAGCAAGUGACAUUUUAACACUAUACAACGAAGGAGUCAUAUUAUUACCGACCAAGCCAAAGCUCUGAUAAGCAAAUGUCCUAAAUAUUGAGUGAUCGCAAAUCGCAACCACUGUGGUGUAAACUGUUUAUUUUGGUUAUGGCGUUUAGUUUUGGUUUCUGGAUAAAAACCAUAAAAACAAACCACAACACAAUCGCAAUAAUCGUUUGUAAUCUAUACAAACUUUAGAGUGCCUAAAUAUAGAGUGACGGGGUGUGUGUUGAUAAAAAAGUAAAUAACUUUCGUUCUUUCCUAAUGUAUGUCUACCCCGAAACAGACAAAA